AUGCACAAGACCCGCAGUCGCAUGUGCUGGCGCCUACGCUCAAGAUUCAGGUGGCGCUGCUGGAGGGCAAGGGCAGCAGCCAACGCGGAUAGCGAUGACGACCCGUCGGACUCGGACGAUAACGAUGAUGCCCCUGAGCAGGGCAACACUGUCACGGUUGGCACAGAGAACGCAACAGCGAACGAGGAACCCGCACUCCAAGGGGCUGGAGAUGCAGAGGCAGAGCUUUACGACUCGGACAGCUCAGGGGAAGAGGAAGCGGCUGUUGAUGAUGCAGACAACGUCCCAGAGGCUGUCUUCCGCGAGACGGAGCGUUUUGACACGCUCAUGGAGGUCUUCAGGUUCAUUGUCGGUUGCAACCUGAACCUGGCGCUGGUGCGGCACUGGCGCACGCUCAAUGCCGUGAUGCAGUACGGCAUGUCACUUCUCGUGGAGCGUCGUGAGUACGUUACUCACACAGUGACGAUCCCGGGCUGCCCCACUCCGUUUGAGGUCACUGCUGCUAGUGGAAAGGAGGUAAGAACCCAGCAAACGCGCCUGGGUUCAUUCUCUUUCCUCCACGAGGAGUCAUCAGGGGCGGGUCGGGUCUACACGACUCCAGACACGGCCACGUUCUGGGAGGAAGCUCACAAGGCGGCUGCUGAGACUUUCGGCGAGGGCACCGUCGUCAUGCCACUCAUCAUCUCGAGCGACGCCACCCUCCUCAGUGGCAACGAGCGCACCAAGUGUGGGCCCCGCAUGAGCGCUGCCGACAAGGUGGCGCUCUUCCAGUCGGCGAUGAAGAUAGUACUCGCAGACCUGGUGGUCGCGUCGCAUACGGGGAUGGCCGCAACGGACCCAAACGGUGUGCCGCGCUUCAUGGUGCCGCUACUCUUCUCCUGCGUCGCGGACUAUCCGGAAACGUUCAAAGUUUCUUGCACGCAGCAGCUAGGCUCCGCCAUGCCCUGCUCCAUCUGCUACGUGGGCCGUACGGAGCUGCGGGACAUGGACCGUGAGCCGGCAAGGAUGCGCACGGUCGAACAGCAGGAGUCACUCCUGGGUGACCCCUUCGAGGCCAGGCGCCGCGCCACGCUCUGCAUCCCGGUGGCGGCAUCCACGGUGUUGGGCGGCUCGUGUGCUUAUGUUGCAUCGCCUGAAGCCAUGAUUGCAAUAGAGUGUGCUGCAUUUGAUGAGCCCUUCGGUGCCGAUCGUGGUUGCCUAGCUUCUUAUGGGAUUUCAACCUCUUAUGUGAUUCUUUUGCAGAGCUUCUUAUGGGACUUCAAGUUCAGCCGGACCGUGUGGGGGAACACCUACCUCUCGCUCGCGGUAGACAUCCUGCACGCAAUCUACGUUGGAUUUUGGGUGUACAUCCGUGAUUGCCUCCACGGCGACCCCGACAUGGCAGAGUCCAAGGACGGGCGCAUGGUGGCAAUGAGCCCCAAUGCACGGCUUGUCGGGAUCAGAAUCCCUGGAACAGGAAUGUAUUGGGCGAGCGGCGCCAACUUCACGGCUUCCGAGCAUGGCGCCGUGAUGAUGGGGUGGAACCUGCUCAAGGUCCACCUGCUGACCCACCUCCCAGCUGCGAUUCGGCACAGGGGACUGCCUCAGGAGUUCUCGGCUGCGUUAUACAAAAACGCGCACAUCCGCACGUGCAAGCUGCCGUACCGUGCCUCCAACCACCGGGCGCCAACGCGUGCCAUUGCGCGUCACAACACCCGGGCUGGCAUGGUGGCGCAGCUGGGCACGCGCCUGACUGGCGGGAGGCGGGACAACACUGCCCUGGAGAGGGCCAUCCGCUCGGGCACGCCGCAGCUAACGCGGACGUGCAGAUCUCUCACCGGCCGGCCCGCUGACAGUGAGGAGGCGGACUCGGUGUUCGAGCUCUUCAACACCGCGCUUGGGGGGGUCCUUCUCCCCUACUCUGCAGUCAUGCACGAGGCUGGACUGGCCCCGUUUCCAGCCAAGGCACAUUCUGUGCUUGCACUGCCCGCCCGGCAGUCUGACGUCGGCACUGUCAGGGCGCACUAUGUGCGCGCAGCCGUCUCCAUGCAUGGCCAGCAGGCCUUCUCCUGCGUGGAGUACGAGACAACCGGAGCGGUGCCAGCUCAUGGAAGGCUGCUGCUGCUGCUGUCGGCAGAGAGGGAUACGGUGGAGGUGGAGGAGCGCGAGGUGGAGGUGGCGGUGGUCCAGCGGCUGACGGACCAGGGGCUGGACGAGCGGACCGGAUGCCGCAUCCUGACUGUCCUUGCGGCUAGGGGGGGGGUGGCGGUCAUCCCCAUCGGAUGCAUCCGCAGGGCUGUCCACUGCGUGCAGUCCUUUGUCACUCCUGGGCGCUGGUACCUGAACCGUUGGGCGUACAGGUGCAAUGAGUGCCUCACGUGA